AUGGCUCCCGACCCAAGCGGAGGGUCUCCUCCAGAAAUGACGGAACACUUGGAUAAUCGCGGGAAAGCCCUUUUAACACCAAUCCCUUCUAACAGUCAGGCUUUCCUUCCUACUUUCGUUAAGAAUUACUCUGAUAAAAACGGGAAUGAUGUCACCAGGGAUGUCAGUAAGGGACGCAGGACCUUCGCGUUCUGGACCCUGGUCUGCCUACUUCUGGUGACGGCGGUUGGCAACCUUGUUCUUACGUUCAGCAUUCUUGGAGUAUUACGUCUUGGUAGCGGUCUGGAGAGCAUGGAGUUCCUCCCGCUUCAUGAUGCUGUGAAGUUUCUUGGGGAUACGAAUCUCGAUAAUAUCUAUAAGAAGGAUGGUUUGAUCGAGAGCUUCCGAGACACACCCUUGAGCAUCACCAGCGAAAAUGGAUCAGUUCUUAUAACACUACAGACCAGGGCUCCUCGUUCUGAGACCAAGCUGAUAGUGAACACUACGGGAGUAUUCAUCAAGGGAGUGAACACUUUCAACAUCAAUGACCCUGACUCCGGCGUCCAGCUGUUCAGCUCUGGGAAUCCAGAAGUAACUGUUAACGAAAACCUUAACAGUUUAAACGCGAGACAAGUAUCAACCAAGAGGAUUUCGUCGCCGGUUGAUGAAGACCUGGUCUUCCGAUCCGAAGCCUCCGCCUACCUACGAGGAGCCGAGGGGACGCACAUGGAAUCUAAGGAGUUAUAUUGGAGUGCUGACCAGGAUAUACAUCUCAGAUCCGCGAAUGGAUCUGUUGUACUCAGCGGCAAAGAGGGAGUGUUUGUGGAUGUACGCUACCUCCCUAUCGCCUUGCCGUCCAAAGACCACCACGGCACCGGUCAGUUUAAAGUAUGCGUUUGUAUGCCUCAAGGCAAGCUGUUCAGAAUCGCUGUCCCCGACGGUCAAAGAGUCACUUGUUCUCACAUAAACACAACCGGCGACUUCAAUCCUUGCGGAUAG